UCACGGGCUGCUGUGGUGCCAAGGGUCCGUUACGUGUUCCCCGCGACACAGAGACUGGGAGGAAUGUUCAGGCUGCUACAUGGAGCCUUCCAAAUAGAUGGGAGAGUUUCAGAUUCAGUUUCUAGUAUAAAUACGAGUUAAAUGUGCAAAUCCUUCAGUUGGGAAACCACCUCUUGUUACUGUUUGCACAGUCAGAGAAUGUCAGAUUGAACCAGGCUCGCUAUUCCUGGUUCUCUCUCUGCAGUUCAGCACUCGGAGACACAGAGCUUGCCAACCACAGAGUGCUGAAGGAACAACUCGCAGAGUGCUGAGAGAGAAAGGCCAUUCAAAGAGUCACUUACUGAUCUCCACCUGAGAGAAGGCUCAGUGACACAGAAAGCAGCAGCAUGAACAAGAGCUCUGGUGAUGGAGAGUGCAGCAAAGCCAGUUUCCUUCACACAGGUCUCUCCAAACUUGUGAUCUGGGCACACAGUCACGGGACCAUAUGCAACGAGAUCCCAGCCCUGGAAUUUAUAGAGAACACGGGUCACCUGAGCAAGGACAAUGCUAUGCUGUGGAUGUGCAGAGUUGGACAUGCCUAUCACUGGCAGUAUGAGAAGUUACAUGACAGAGACAGAGAAGGGACUGAGGCUGCAGGAAGGAAAAGGAGGCCCCAGUUUUCUGAGGCUUCAGCAAGGGAAGAGAGCUUUGGGGAAAAGAGGCUCAGGCUGACCCCAUCAUCUUUUGAGAGGGGUCAAGCAGAUGUUGGGAGCACAGGGUCAUGUGGCAGAUCCCCAGGAGUCACUCAGCAGAAGGCUGACACAGCCUACACAAGGCAUAAGAAGCCAUCACCCAGAGGGAGUCAAAAUACCAGGGAACUGAUGACAUCUUGCUCUGCAGCAGAGCAGCACUUGGCAGUCGCUGGGCUCCAAACUGGUGGUCAGAACAUGAAGCUCAAAGAUGACGAUGACGUACUGAUCAUCUCUGAUGAAGAGCAGUGUGUGGCAGUUAAAGACAACCAAGGAGACAGAAUCAACCAGAAUAAUGUGUCAGAGCCACCUACUCAGGUGGGUUUGCGGAUGCUCCACUGCCAGGAGUUGGCAUUUCACCAGCCAACAGCCCCUCAAAGAUCUGCCUUGGCCCACGUGGCAGGGCCACCUCUAGCCCAUGCCUACGUUCUGCAGUCCCCUGUCAGCAACCUGGAGGACCCGGGCAGGAACAUCCUGAGGUCAGGUCAUCUCACUGCUGCAGGGCCCACAGCUGAAACUUCCAGAGCAAGGAACCCCCCGGGGUCAGCAGCACCAAAGGUGUGUUUCAAACCUCUUCCUGUCUCCAACACUGAAGCGAAGGCCCAGCUUGAGUCGUGCCCCUUGGUGACAUUCUUUAAGUUCCAAGCCACUGCCGAUGUCCAGCAGCAGCUCCAGCUGAGCCCUCCAAAGCAUGGCUUGCUGGGAGUGGACUCCAGCAGGAAUGGCACUGAGAAUUUGGCAGAGGAGAGCGAGCCGUCAGGAUCCAGGCAGGCACCUCAUCCUUCAGCCUUCCAGAGUCCAGAGAGCCAUCCACCUGCAGCCUCAAACAGAGGGAAAUCUCCCUGUCUGGCAGCAAGGAGGGCCAGCAGCCAACAGAGAGGGAGCAGGAAGGAGCCCAGCCCUCCCUGGAGAGGUGUUCUGCAGAAGCAGGAGAAAAAGAAAAACUGUCCCACUGGUGAUAUAAAGGUGUUCAAAGACUGGCUGAUGUUGCACCACCCCUCUGAGACACGUGAGAUCCACACACUGCCGCCUGAAGACCUCGACCGCUACCUGGUCUCAUUCUUCAGCUCCACCAAGAGACAGGAUGGCACGGAUUUUUCUGCCCAUUCCUUUGGCUUCUUGCAGCGCAGCAUCGAGCGGUACCUCAAGGAGCACAGCUACCAGUACAACGUGGUGAGAGGGCUGGAGUUCAGGGCCUCUCAGGAAGCUUGGAAACUAAAGCAUCAGUGCCUGUUCCAAAAGAAGAGGGAGGAAGAGUGGAGUAUUUUGGAGAACCUGACAGAUGAAGAUGUGGAAAACCUUCGUAAGAAGGGAAUUUUAAACAGGAUGGACCCUCAGGGCUUUCUGCACCUCAUGUUCACCAGCAUUGUUAGGGGGUUUGGGGCAAGCACCCACAGCCAGAGCCACCACCUCUACUGGGGACAGCUGGUGCUGAGGAAGAGUGAGGGAGAGGUGGAGUACUUGGAGUGGAAGGAUGAUCUGAGCCCAGAAGGAAACAAAGGGGAGUCAAGCCCCCGGCUCUUUGCCAAGCCUGCUGAUCCAGAGAACUGUCCAGUCACCAGUUACAAGGAGUACGCCAGGAGGAGGCCACCGGACAGCCUGAACGACAGCGAUGCACUUUACCUGGCUCCCAGGUCACAGUGCUCCAGCUGGGACGAGGUGUGGUACUUCAGCAAGCCACUGACAAGAGCCAAGAUGGAAAAGAUCUUGAAAGUUAUUACCCAGCAAAUCAGAGGAGCCGUAAGGAAGCCCAGGCAAUAGAGGUGUCCCUUCAGCUUUCCCCCUUAAACCACUCCGAGGCUCCUCUGAAACAGAAUCCUGUCGUGAUAUUUGGUGGAGGCUGAGAGCAGACAUCCUUCUGCUGGUCUUUGCCUUGGCACUGAAGGCACCUACACAUCUGCAGCGCCUCAGCUUCAAGGUAAAUUCCUCUGUUGUUCUUUCUGUUAUUGGAAUUGAUAAUUCAGUGAGUUAAUGAGAAUCUUCAGUUUCACAUUUGCCAAACGAGUUAAUGUUCUACUGUACAGUCAGUGCCAUGAGAAACCACCAGUGCUGACACAGAGGUCUUGAGGGUGGCACAGCCCAGCCAGGAGUGUCAACUGCACCUUCACUUUGGGGGCUGACACAGCUCAGCCCGGGGCACAGGCCUGCAGGGAAGGAGAAUGACGACGUUGCUGAUCCCCAUCUCCUGGGAUUGCUUCCAACAAGGUUCAGGUCAUUUCCCUUAGUGAAAGAUUCGUAGAUUGCAGAAGUUGUAGCUGUUUUAAGAAGUUAUUUAAAGUGUCUUACAGCGUUGAAAGGUUUUAUGGUAAGUGGUUUCCCUGGAGUGCAAAAUGCAGCUCCCCAAAGGCCCUGGGAGAUGUGCCGAGCUCUGCUCAGGGCUGUUCAGUGCCUGUUGUAUUCCAGUCAGGUUGUUGGUUGCAUUGUUGACAGAACCAAAUAAAAGAACC